AGUGCUCGUUUCCAAAAUGGCUUCCACAACAGAACGGACAAUUUCGGCUUGUAAUGGACUUCAAAUCUCCAAGAUCUCCAAUGACUGGGCUGAAAUAGCUUGGAGUUCUGAUUUUUGUGAACCACUAGAGCUUCCAGAUUUGCUAGAAAACUGCAUAGUGGACCAUAAAUAUUACAUCAACGAACUGCAAAAUUUGUUGUUAAUUUCAAGGCAGUGGUCGCAAGGAAGCAGUAGCAGUUCAAAUGAUGGUGAGCUUUUGCUUUGAGUAACUACAAAGUGAGCUGUUGAUCGGAGCUUUGCUACCCUUCUUUCUGGUGAAAUAUAGAAUGUAUAGGAACAGGCAACAGAUAUCAACGGGGCUCUCCGGGCUCUGUCUGAACAAAAAAAGCUUUAAAUAGAGAGAUUCCAUGAUCUAACCGUUUAUCUCGUUUUAUUCAUUAGAAAAGCAAUUCAUAUGGUUAACCCUUUAAAUCCCAAGAGUAUCCAACAUCUGGUUUCUCCUAAUAAUAUCGGUGCAUCGUCGAGAGAAAGGGUCAUGAGAUUACAUAAAAUGGUCAGCAAAGUUAAAAUGCUUUGAUCUUCUAUCAAAUUCUGUCAACUAAUUUUUUUAAGUAAGUGUAUGGAGACCAGUCUGGACAAAUUGUAUGUGGAUAUUGGGGCUGAAAGGGUUGAAAUAUAUAAGCAAGAUCUUGGGUAUUUACUCUCAACAAUAGCCUGAGAAAGCAGCGGGUAUUUCAUGAUGCCACCACUGGUUUCCCUGCGAAAUGAAGUCUUAGAAACGAGAGCUGAAACUUCCCAGAUCUGGGCAGUGUUUCUGAUUGGUCGUGCCGCUUGGAAAAUUUGCUUCAACCAAACAGAAGCACAACCCAGAUCUGUUAAGUGACACUUAGUCAGUACCAUGGAACCUCAAUAUAACAAACCUCUAUGUAACGAAGUCCCUGGUAUAAUGAACAAUUUUUUUUACCCCAGUAAUUGUAAAAUAUGUAGAAAAGAACCUUGUUAUGAAUAGCAAACACAUUUUGCCAGUCCCUUGGCCCUUCAUUAAAUCGAGGUUCCUCUGCAAAGAAUUUCUGCUCGUUUCUCAGACAUUGCAAAAUGUCGGUUGCAUUCUGAGGCUAUCUCAAAAACACUGGUGGUGAAUGGCUGGAGACCUACAAGGUUAAAGGAGGUGCCAGUCGGGUCGUAGCCUUUUUAGCCAGAGUGGAGUGACAGUCUAAUGCUUCGCAAGACCUAGUAUGCAUGGUUUCUAAACAAAGCCUGACCCAUAGUACACAUUUUUCUAUUAUUUUACAAACUACUGUUUAGGAUUUUCUCUAAUUGUGAAUUUUCACCCUUACCACCUUGGAGACGGUGACAGACUCAAAUUAAUUGAUUUCAUUGAGAACUUGAGGUUGGGAUGGAGGGUCAUUUAAGUAGUGUCAACAUAAAAGUGAAAUGCCAUACAGUAUAUAUAUGUUGUAGUUAAUUUUUUUAUCUUUUUAUUUUUCUACUGUUUUUGGGUAUGGUAAUGUAUGCUAAAGAAUUUGAAACAAAGGAAAAAUAAAAAUUAACUGAAAUAAAAAAUUAACUGCUACAUAUAUGUGUACAGUACUUGAGGCCAAUGAGAAAAAUUAAUUGACUCUGAUAUUAAGUCAAUGAGUAUAAGAAUACAUAUUAUUUUAUUAUGAUUUGUAAUGUUUCUUUUUUUUGCUUUGACUUCCAGGAUUAUGGAAAGUUCUUUCAGAAAACAGCUUUUCCCAUAAAGCUCUGAUUUCAUUACUGCACUCUUUUAUUGGGUCCUGUAAUAAGGUAACAAGAUAGUAAUAAGUUAAAUCCUAGUUACCUCCAUGGAUUGGGCUAUUGCAUAUAAAAUAAGUUACUUAUGUUACUCUUUUCUUACAUCUUUCACAUGAGCACUUUUAAAUGAUUUUUUUAAGCUAUUAGUUUUUCAGUAUAAUAUGACUUGUUUCAUGCUUUUUUCCUGAUUAGUUUUUUCAACUUGAUCAAAAGGCAAAUUCUCCAGCCAGACCUCUGGCUGACAGAAGUUGUUAAAACAACAGGGAGGCUUCUUUUAGUGAUAAUCACUUUGAUCAAGCCUUGUUGCAUGAAAUAAAUUUGAUACUGAGCCUAAUGGGAAUGAAUGGAUUUAUUUGGAACAUUAAAACUGACUGACUUUUAAGUGUGGUUAGCUAGGCAGCAACAAAUUCUGGAUUAGAUCAACUCUGUUAGUCACUAAAACAAUGAAAAAAAUGACAAACAUUUAGGGAUCCGUAGGGUUACAGACGUUAAUCCCAUCCAGAUUUUGUUGAUGGUUAGUUUAGCUCCUUUUAAACGUCAGAAAAAUGAAUGGAGCCUGUUAAGAUGAAGGCUGGCUAAAAAUUCCUAGUACACGGCUGCACAGAUGCAGGUACUACUUUGAGAGUGCCAUUUGCACGCAGUUCUUUACGAAAAUAACUCAUUUCAGCAUGCAAAGAAAGUCGUGUCUGAUAGCCUGGGGCUAGUGGAUUUUGCAAUUGGGCAGGAGCUAGUGAAUCCUGUUCUUAACUUGCCUGAAGGGAAAGUGAAGUUUUUUGGGAAAUUCAAAUUACAGAAGAACUGUAAUCAAGGGUGCUCGUCAAUAGUUUUUUUGGGCUACUUAAAGGACUCUCCGAAUGGCAAGCCAUAAAACCGACUUUCUUUGCACCCUGCAUUUAAAUAUAGAAAAAAGUUUAACUUCUCUACAACAGCAACCUUCAGCUACACUGUAAGCGACCAUAAUAUUGUAGAAAGCUAAAAAUGGGAUUGAGUUUACGUGUAUCUGUUGCUGUUCAAUUAAUUUAUUUCUGUAUUUUUUUUGUUAUAGUCAACAAAGGCUGGACCUAAACUUGAAAGCUGCAUAUUAGCUUCUAAUAUUUAUAUUGUGUUGGUUCAAAUCCCAGGUAAGACAGUAUACCUGCCAACUCUCACGCAUUAUGCAUUAGUCUCACACCUGCAGACCAAACUUAACACAUCAAUCUAGCCUAUGAAGGACAAUUUCAAUUUAAAUAGGCAUAAAGUCCUUGCAAUGAUCGUCAUUGUAAAAUGUACAAUUGUUGUCCCAUUUCAGGUAGUGGAGCAUACAAGGUAUUUCACCCCUUGCUGUUCCAAAAAGCUCUAGAUGUGCUGAGAUUUUGGCCUCAGAAAGGUACACAUUAAUAAAAAUAAUGUUCUGUAGAGCUGGUAAAAGGGAUUCCUAAGGAAGGGGAUGCUGUAACAAGUUUGAUGAUAAAUGGAGCUGGUCAGUUACGUUGUUACUACUAGACUGUUGAUACAUUGUCAGUCUUAGUUUGUGUUUGAAACAAUCUUAACCCAUUCGCUCCUGGAGAUGUUGCCCAAAAACACGUUUUGAAGCUAGUCUAGUGGUUUUCUGGUCACUGUCGUGCUAUAAAGGGCUAAGACUUACCACAUCCCGGUUUACAGGUCAUACACUUGGCGGCCUUCCGAUCCAGGUGCAAAACAUCAGCUUGCGAAGUUGGUGCAUGCGCAGAAAGCAAAAUUUCGAGAUAGUUUUUGGGUUUAAAAGUGACACAGCAGUCUUGACUUUUACUUUUCGCUUUCUCUCCUCCCUUCUUUUUUCGCUUUUCUUGCCUUAUUUUUUUUUCUCUUGCUGGGCAUUUAGUAGGCUUUAUUUUGGUGGGAAGAGUUUUUAGGAAGCUUUUAGGAUCUUAGGAUUAGGUGAAAGGAAAGGUAGGUGGGCAAUGGAACAAGAUUUUCAUGGAGAUUUUCAGGUCAAUGUCACGUGGUUUUUUGCUUCUUUCUCCGGUGUCCUUGACUGAAUUGUGCUCAUUCUGGUAUGGUUUGAAAGAUCUCUUCACUCUACACAAGUUAGCCAAGAAAGUUGUCCUUGACCGUUAAAACUGAUGACGUCACAAAGGGUAGAAAGGACCUGGAUCCGCACGGGCGGUUCAGGGGCGAAUGGGUUAAAUGCCAGUGUCUAUUAUGGUUUUAAAUAGGAAGGAAUGAAAUUGGAGAUAUUUUUUCCUAACAACCUCUUGAUACAGUGGAAGUUCUCCUAAUGGACACUCCCAUAAGCUGACAGCUCUACUAACGGCCACCUUCACAAAACCCCGUUUUUAUCAACUCCAUGUACACUCCGGAUUUUUACAUUUCUGUAAGCAGCCAGCUCUAGUUAUGUAUACCUUUUUUGCAUCACAAGGGUGUCUGCUCAUGAGAGCUUCUUCUGUGCUUGAAACAUGUAUUUUAUUUUCAAGAGAUACCUUUCUAAAGUUAGUAUUUUUAGUUUCAGAAUCAACCAUUGCCCUACUGUAAGUGACAAUACUCUUAUUGUGUUUUUAAUGGUUGCAGAAACCAAAAAGAGAAAAAGAGUUGAUGAGGAAGCAUCAGGCGGCCGCAGAGCUAAGACUCGAAGGGGGCAAGGAGGUGAGUGUGUAUAUAUUACAAUGACAAAAUGGAAAAACAUGUGUGUUGGAGAGAAACAAUAAGGUAGAGUAAACAUUCUGAAGCACCAGUACACCAUGAAAGCUCUUCUCCCAGCUCUGUGUUGAAACACUCAUUGGACUGGUUCUUUUCCCUCUGAAUGCAAAAACAGAAGGAAACAUGUAGGUCACUCCAGUGGCUUUUUCAAGGCUGUAAACAACCCCUGGCUGGUGUUAGUUAGGUAACUUGAUAAAUCCGCCAGUAGAGUAUUCAAUUGACCCUCAGCUUGCAAGUUCAACCAGCUAUAAUAAUUAUUAUGUAUGGCAACCAUUGUCAGGAAGUCAGUGUUCAUGACAAAAUAACCUGGUAGGCACCUGUGAUAUAAUAUAGUGUUAACACAAACUUGCAUACUAUUUCCUCAGCCACAUAGUUAUGGCAAAAUACAUAUUGUAUCUGUUACAGGUAAAAAUUAAAUUCAGGUUAACAUUUAACCAAGGUUGAUUCUCCAUUUCCUUUGUCUCCUAGCCCUAAUUAAUCAUGGAUUAGGCUUAGCAGCAGACAAAGGAAACAGAGAAUCAACCUUGGUGAAAAAAGUUAAACCUGAAUUUAAUUUUACUUGUAACAUAUCCAUGGUGCAAACAGUAAAAGUUGUCUGUUUCUUACUACUUGAUGGGUCUGUACCCAAUUUUUACCUUAGUGUUUGCAAAAAGGCUUAGAUCAUACAUCAGAUUUCCAUAAUAUUCGUAGUUUGGCCUAUUUAUAAUUUUUAUUUUAAUGUAGGUGAAAUUGAUGACAUGGAAAAUGAGGAUGGUUCUGAUGUUGAUGAUGAUGAAAGUGAUGAUGAUGAGGAGGAUGUUAAUGGUGUCCAUGGUCAGGUUAAUACUGAACAAGCCAAGGCUAAUGUGAAAAACAAACUUUUGUCACUGAUGCAGGUAUGCUGAAUAGCAUAAUAAUGGCUCUCAUUAACUGGGCCAUUGGGAUUUUCCUGGCUAUUUUAGAAAGUUAGUGAGCUGUGACUAUUUCGGAAGAAACACUCUUUUUAAUUACUUUAUUUAUUCUGUGUAAUUUUUGUUUCUUUUCUGGGUGUGUUUUACUUGCAAUAAAAAAUAAAAAUAAAAUUUAAAAAAAAAAACAAACAAAGAAAAGGGACAAAUCCUCAACUUACAUAUUCCAGGGCUGGAAAAAACUUGCUCGUCCUUUGGGCAAAUAGCUCUCUCAUUUUUCUUGCCCGGGGCCACUUCUUCCCUGCCCCAUGGACGGAACUUAAUAAUAAUAAUAAUAAUAAUAAUGGUUUAUUAACAGAUCCACUGGGUGGCUCUUCCCUGUUAAAGUAUAUCAAUUACAAUUUUAAAAAAAGACAAAUAAAUCAAAUCAAGUUAUUUACAAAUUAUGCAAUAUACAAUUAAAAGUAGAAGCAGGAUUAACAGAAUCGAAAUUACAGUAAAACUAACUAGGACCAGAAUCCUUGUUCUGGGCCUCCACCUGUGUUCUAGGAUUUGAGAAUGUGCCAAGAUUGGGCUGUUUUAAAUGCCAUUGUUGAUUUGCCAAUCAGGUUGAAGGGAAAAUUGGAACACAUUUCCAGUAAUAUUAUUUGUUGUGUCUGUCGGGAGCCCAGGACAAGGAUAUCAGCGCUGCUUCACCGAUGUUACUUAACCAGAAAGAAAAAGACAUGUUCCUAAAUAAUGGGCACAAACAAGUUUCACUUGACAUUUCAAACUAUAAGCACUAAAUACUUUUGCUUCUAAAUUAAUUUUUUUACAGGAUGCAGUAAUGCUUUUAAGUGGCUAUUCUCUCAAAGAUUCCGAGCAGGUUCUCCAUCAUGUUAUACAAUUAUUUGUGGAGACCACAAGACUUGAAGCAUUGCCAGCUGAUCAAAUGAUUCUGAAUUUCCCUGGGUGAGUAUUUAUAGCAGCUGCUCAUAGAUUAAGCCAUAAGCUGUUUCAUUAUAACCUAUAACCUAUUAUACAUGUAACCUAUAGGCACAUUAAUUUAGAUAAAAUAUGUUAUGUGAUUCAAAAUGAAUUGUAGAUAAAACCAAUUCAUCAAGGCUGUUUCAUUUCCACCAAAGUGAAAAACUAUGAAUUGAACUAGUUUGAAAUGGUUCUUAUUGAUCGUGCACUCAACUUACUGCCUGGGUGACAAUUAAUAUUGAGAAAACAGUUAUCACCAUUCUUUUUAUUUUAUGGGAAAGUUAAUGUUUUAUUAUUUUAUCCUUAGGGACCAAAUAUAUUCAGUGAAAUCCAUUACAUCAUUGGCUUACAUUGUAAGUACCUAUUGCUGUCUUGCAGUUUUUUGUACUCUGCCACAACUUUUAUAAUAUUUAAAGUAUCAUCACCUCUUGUUUUCCCAACGGCAUCUUUCCUUAGUUAACCGGUAUCAGUGUAACUCAUUCCAAUGCAGGUUUUGAAGACUACUUCCUUUUCUCUCAUUUUGUUUGUUUGUUUGUUUUUUCAGGGUCUUGAUUGUCUUUGUUCCACCCUUCAUGGUGAAGUUGGUGCUAACUCUCGCACAGUAGGUUUACAUUUUAGCAAAAUAUUAAAAGCCAAUAAAACCCUCUGUUGUGUAGUUUUGUGAGGAAAUUAUUUUAAAAAUGGUUCUAUAAGAAGAAUUAACCUUUUCACUUAGACUAUUCUAUGGAGAGACUAUUUUUUUACCCUAAUUUCUGGAGCUAUACCAUUUAAGUGAAACUUCUUUUCAGCAGAAUCGUGGCAUAUACUAUUUCUUUUUUUAGGAUUUUACAAAACGAAAUCUGAUUAUAUUUUUGGUGAAUUUUUCGUGGGCUACUAUUAGGAAUAAGAGGUUUAAUUUAACAACUACAAUGUGUGAAAGUUCAAUAAUAUUAAGUUACCAGGUAUAUUCCAUUAAAUUUAAGGUGAUAAUUAUUAUUUUACUUUGGGCCGCAUCCAGAGUUUAGCAAGAACAAUGUGUCAUUUGCACUAACACAAAACAAAUUGUUGGCAGGUGUUAAAGCACUUGAUUUCCAAUGUCCUUAUGGUGUUUGGAGGUUCAAUAGCUAGUAAUGGUGUUAUAGCAAGAGACAUUCAAACUCUCAAGGAUCAGGCUAUUCAUUUUAUCUGGUAAGUACUCUAUUGCUUUCAAAAAGAAGAUAAGGAUAAUGCCGUUUAGAUAUUCAAGCAAAUGUGGCUGACUUUUGGGCGAGUGCCUACAUCCAAAAAAGAUGGUGAAAAAAGAGACAUGCAACCAUUCAUUAUCAGUAAGCUGAGCACAUGAACUAAUUAUUUCUUUUCAGCUACAUGACACACAAGGAGAACGACCAGAUGUUAAGUGCAGUUCAAGUCCUAGUGCAACACCUAUGUACCAAGUGUCCCGAGCGAGCUGAGUACAGGAACAUUGUAGCUAAGGUGAGAGAAUGUUUUAAGUGGGAUGAAUUCAUUGCAAAAGUUUUCCUUUGGUUUGAUUCAAACAUUUUGUCCCACAGUUUGUGAGUGCAACGUUCGGUUUUCAGUGCUUGCAAAACAAAAAUUAAUUCUUCUCUGAAACCACUGUAAGCUACACAAUAAACUACGGCCAGUUGUGGUUGUGAAUGCUUUAAGGAAAUACUCAAUACUUACACGUGAAGUUUAAGCAUGUGGUUGUAGAGCCAGAAAUGUUGGCAGUAUGCAGUCACUGAUAACCAGGUAUAGAGUGAUGGCUGUGCUGAUAAUGAGAAUAAGUUUAAGCAAUUAGUAAGCAAAGUACACUUCACCUUUUAACUUCUUUAUAUGUCCAGGGUUCGCAAAUACGCCAAAUUUGGCGUAAUUUACGCCAAAAUUGUUCAGAUGACUCCACUGAGGUUACGGAGGGAGUCACUUCGACUUCAGAAAUUUUCGGUAACAAACAGGGAGCCACUUCGACUCCAGACAUUUUCGGUAACAAACACAGUUUUGUCCUUACCUUUUUCGCAACAAGUACAAUUUACGUUAAUUGUAAACGUUGUAAACCUUAAUUAAAUCAUCGAAAUUAAAGAAUUAUACUGCACGACAAAACAGGAAUAGGGUAAAUUACGAUCAAAGUUUACUCGAUGACCGCCAUCAUGGAUUUGAGCUUUCCAGGUCAACAGACCAUCACAGCUAGUUCGUGUAUCCCUCACGAUAGUGUAUACAUGCCAGGACCACGUGCCGGAAAGUCUGAAAAUGGCUUUUUUGUUGUGAUACCUGACUCCAAAUAUUACAAAAUGACUCCAAAAUUUGUGAAGCAGAAGUCACACCGACUCCACUCAUCAAUAAAAUUUGCAAACCCUGUAUGUCACUAGCCUUAAAAUUGAAUCUGGUGUGAAAUUGGCAGAUGAUUUUUGCAAAACACCAAAUGGCCUUGAAACACUGAACGAAUCUGAAUUUCAGUUUGAGGGUUGGAAAACUGACUGAGUGAAUCAAGUUCCAGUCCAGUUUUUGAUCAAGCUGUAAACUGAACUUGAUUCACUCAGUUUCCUAACCCUAAUCGCUCAAACCUCAGAGUCAUUUUGCCUUUCGAGUCCUUCAAAAUACCUCUGCUGGCAUCAAAACUUGAUUUAUUUUUUAAUUGACAAACUAAAGGCAUUAAAUGCAUGCUUAUCUAGAGAGAUUUAUUCCUGUCUCAAAUUUCUUCUAAAACUUGAAAACAAUGCGAAAGGAAAAAAGGCAACAGUGAAAAGGGUAAUGUUUGCACUGAGUGUAUUUGUCACUGCUUAAAAAGAUCAGUACUGAGUGAGGGUUUACUGUUUAAGAGAGACCUUGAGAUACACCAUUUCCGUGUAUGGGUAGGGAUAAAGUACCCAUAUGCUUAGGCAUAAAUAGGGGUAAAUUGCCUCUUAUUGCUGAGAAACAAGUAGGCUACAGUGGAAGGUAAAGGUUGAUGUCAUUAUAUCACUUCUGGGAAAUCAUGUCACCUUUUGUAUAACUAUGUGGCAAACAUGUUCGUUUACUCGUACCUGAGGAGAGAAAUGCUGUAACUUAAGGUCACUAAUAUCUUCUUAUAACAGGCAGUUGUGGACAUCAUGAAGACUCUUCCAGUCAAUGUUUAUGCCAACCUUAUCGAGUGGAUCAAUAAGUAUUCCAAGAAUGUAAAGGUAUCAAAACUGUGUUAAUGUUGUCUUCCUCUUGAGUUCUCAUGUACUUCAUACUUUAACUUUUUUCAUUGCCGUUUUUAGAAUUAUUAGUAUGUAUUUCUAAUAGGCAGCAACAAAACUGUUGUAAAAUAAUUCAAUUUUCAGAUCAGUUACAGAAUUUUUGCCUUGGAUGUAGUUUCACUUCUUUUAUGUGAACCAGACAGACCUCUUUCAAGUGGUAAGUAAAGAAGAAACAUCCCAUUUUAAAAAACUCUGCAUGGAGUUAAAGAUAUAAUUUACCAAAUAAUACACUUUACAUAUCCUCUCCAUAGUCAUAAUCUGACUGCAGAAAUGAAUUGUGUAUGCCAUAGGUUUUGAUAAUUUUAGUGCUUGGAAGAUAUGGAGAAUCUACAUGAAUAUGUUGUAGUUAAUUUUUUAUCCCAGGUAAUUUUUGUGUUUCUUUUGUUUUUGAGUCUGGUAAUGUAUGCUAAUGAAGUUAGUUAAGUUAUCAUUUUAUUUGUUUAUUUGUUUUUUAUUCAGUGACAUAACAUAAAAAUAAAACAUUACAAAAGGUGUUAAUUAAAAUAUAAAUUGAUGUGACAAGGAAGACUAAAUGAGCUGGGAGCUUAUAUUAAUAGGCUUCCUUAAAAUGACAUUAUAGAAGUAGUUUCCUGAUAAAAAUUAUUUUUAUGUUUUAAAACAGAGGAUCUGCAAGAUGAUAGGACAAAGAAGCUUCUUAGUAAGAAGUACUUGCUGGAUAUAGUUGUGGCCAGAUGUUCUGAUAGAGCACCAACGUAAGCAUUACACAGUGAGACCAGUAUUAAAGAUACACCCACGGGACCCUUGCUAGUGUCCACUUAAUAGAGGCUCCCCCUUACAACAGGUUUAUUUUACAAAAAAUAUGGGAAGUAAAUUUGGGGACUUAGUAAGUGUCAUAUGUUAAUUUUUUUAGGGUGCGUGCAAAAGCUCUUCAGUACUUUGCUCAGUGUGCUACAUCAGAAGACAGGUCACUGGUGUUGAAAGUUAAAGAAAUGCUUCAUGAAGCAUUAGAAAAUCCAGCAGAUGGAACACCCACAGUAAACAGACAAACAAGAGGUGGGUCAGACAAACUCUAUUUUCCUCAUUGUGGCAUUUUUGUUGUGACUUCAGCAGCAAAAACAAAAAUAAAAUGUUGUUGAACACUUCCUCAAAAUUAAAAAAAAUUUAUUUCAGAAUAAAUAUCAGUUAUUAUAUAAACCCAAUCACAGUGUGUGGUUCAGGUCAAAUUCAUGAAGUAGUAUUUAUGUGAAAAGUGUGGGAAGUGGGUAUUAGUUGGCUAUUUACAAGUAUGGCGAGGAUUUGAACUCGGGACAACCAAGAACAAGUCCAGCAAGUGGCCAGAGUGGGACUCGAAUCUGGGACCGCCGCAUUGCGAGUCUGAUGCGGUGACCACUCAGCCAGGCUUGCCUCCUGAUUUUAGAUUGGGAAAAGUACUAAAUGGGAUACCUCCCUUCCGCACCAUGAAGCAGGGGAAAGUGCACUAUUAUAUUUGCAUCAGGGAAGGUCAUUGGCUUCCCAAAACAGUAUAAGUAAAACACUCAAACAAUGGUCCAGCCCUAAUAACCAAUGAAAAUUAGGCAAGAGCAGGAAACUUGAAACUUAUGAUGGUACUCAUGAGACUUAAAUAGUUAACAAGUUAACUGUUCUUUUUUUCACUUGUGUUUCCAUUAUCAGCUCAACAAACUGAGGUGCGGAGCAUUGGUUCCAUAAUUAGACGGCGAACUUGUGAUGAGAAAGUUGGUGUUCGAAAAGCUGCACUGCAGGUUAGUCAUUUGUCUAGCAUUAUACAUCUUCAUGCCAGGGCUCUCAUUAAGUUUUGAAGCAGCCACAGCAAAUGAAGAAUAACUUGCAUAACAUCUCACGUAAAAUUUGUAGUGUUUAGUUAGAUUUCCACGCACUUUGAUCACCUGUAACAUCAAGUGAGCUCAGUCAUGACAGGUGUUACGAGUUACAGCCCUUAAUGAAAGCUGUGCAAGCACAGGACAUUGUUAUUCCCAGAAUUUUCCUGGCAGUAAUCUGUUCCUUACUUCUUUGUCUCUAUAGGGCUCUGGAGAGUGUUUUUAGAUACCUUUGGCUUUGACUAGGAGUAUGAGUUUUCAAACCCAGUGAAUGAACUUCAGAUAAUAAAAAAAGCAGUAGUUUUACUUUUUAUGCCUGUUCAUGUGUUUGUAAGCAUCUGCAAAAUUGAGUUUUUUUGGAACAGUAAAACCUACAUCUAACUCAAGAUAUUCUUGAGUCAUACUUCUCUUUGAUCUUGUAGACAAAAUUAAUUUGAAGGUCACUGUUAAUCCUGCUCUAAUCUGUUCCUUUCCUUUUUUUCUAAGGCUCUGGAAAGUGUCAUUACCCUGAAUUUGGAUUCUCUGGAAAAAGCAGUAAGUACUUCAUUGAAAUAAUUAUCUGUAAUUAUUAUACAAGCACUAGCACUAUGAUACUAUCUUGCAACGCAGCUCACAACUACAAUGCAAAAAUUAUCCUGGUUCUACUAGCACAUCUUUAACAAUAUCUAGUCCACAGGUUGAAUGAAUAAUGAUAUUAACCCAUUCGCCCCUGGAGAUUUUGCCGAAAAACGCGUUUUGAAGCUAGUCGAGUGGUAUUCUGGUCACUGUCGUGCUAUAAAGAGCUAAAACUUACCACAAACCGGUUUACAGGUCGUACACUUGGCGGCCUUCUGAUCCAGAUGCAAAAUAUCAGCUUGCGAAGUUCGGGCAUGCGCAGAAAGCAAAAUUUCUAGAUAGUUUUUGGGUUUAAAAGUGACACAGCAGUCUUGACUUUUACUUUUCGCUUUUCUUGCCUCAUUUUUUUUUCUCUUGCUGGGCAUUUAGUAGGCUUCAUUUUGGUGGGAAGAGUUUUUAGGAAAGCUUUUAGGAUCUUAGGAUUAGGUGAAAGCAAAGGUAGGCUGGUAAUGGAACAAGAUUUUCAUGGAGAUUUUCAGGUUCUUGUCACGUGGUUUUUUGCUUCUUUCUCCGGUGUCCUUGACUGAAUUGUGCUCAUUCUGGUAUGGUUUGAAAGAUCUCUUCACUCUGCACAAGUUAGCGAAGAAAGUUGUCCUUGACCGUUAAAACUGAUGACGUCACAAAGGGUAGAAAGGACCUGGAUCCGCACAGGCGGUUACGGGCGGUUCAGGGGCGAAUGGGUUAAUACUGACAAAUAAAUUUAUACAGUUGAACCUCCACAUGCAACCAUCUCUUGUCAGCAAACAGCUAUCCAAAACAAAAAAAAUUCCCCGUCUUGUGACCCUGGUAAAUGAUCAUGCCCACUUUUUGGGUUGACAGUUUUAGAAUUUCAAUUAUUUUAUAUCUUCUUGUAAGGGACCACUUGUCUCAUGUUCAAGUCCUUGUUGUUUGGCUUUGGAUAGUGACUGGAUAAUAACUGUCCAGCAGAUACGUUUUAGGGAAAUCAUUGCACUAUCAAGUUGAUGGAGAUUUAUUCAGGGGAUAGUGUUAUCCACCUUUCCUUUUUUGAAUUUAGGAGUCAUUAGGGUCUUUGGAGAUUCCCUUGGACCCCCCCCCCUUACCCCCUCCCAACAUGUGUACCUUCUUCUGAUAAAAAGGAUGAUUUAUUUCUUUUCAUUGAUUUAAUGUCCAUGAUACUAUCAGGAUGUCCUGACCCUUCAUGAUCGUUGUAUGGAUCCAGCACUGUCAGUCAGACGACAAGCUAUGAUAUCACUAACCACCCUCCUUCAGGAGAGACCUGCCUGCACCAUGGUACACAGGUAAGCAAGAGCCAUUUUGACUUCAACUGUCUGUUUUCCAAAGAUGUAGAUGUUCAUUUGGCCCAUACACCAAUUCUCACGUGUACCUAGCCUUUGCCUGUGAGGCUGGCAGAUAGUAGGGAUUCACAAAAACAAGGUCAAGGGAAAAUGGUAAAGGGACCAUCAGCUUUCACGAUCUCUGCCUAGAAUUGGCUUAUUCUGUUAAAGCAAUGUGUUUAAAAAAGGGAAAUCUGUGACGGAGGCUAGGCUGAGAGAGAUGUGCUUGACACACAUUUACUGCAUAACUUUGUCAAGAAUGUUUGUUGGAAUCUUAGCCUCCAAAAGGUCAAGAUUAUAGACCACUGGCAACUCAGCUAAACUGCCCCAAACUGGGAUACUUACAGUUAUCACAGAUGUAUAAGGGAAUUAGUUGAGGUUUUUUGUGAUGUCAAAAGGUCAAGGUUCUUUAAGCAGGGUUUUUGGUAGCAUUUUUAAGUACCAGAUGCAGAGGUUCAGCUGGCAGACUUGCAUCAUUCGUCCCGCAGGUGCUAUUUCUAGGGUGUCCAGGGGCAUGCUCUCCAAGAAAUUUUUACUAUUUGGACUCUCUAAAAUGCAAUUUCUUGCGUUAUCUGAAUCAGAAUUGGUUAAACUGGAUGGUCUUUUAAGGCAUUAACAAAUGCUCACAAAAAAUGAAAUAUUAAUUGAUUUUCACACUUCAAAAAAUGUAUGUGUGUGUGACGUUGUAUCUGGCUUGAAACAAAACCGCUGCUUAAGUCUUCUUCACAGAUAAUACUUUUACUCAAAUUCGCAAGGGAAGAUGGUUGUAUUUCCUCUUUUGUUCCAAUACAUUUUAACCACAACAAUAACAACUUUAUUCGUACCAAACGGUAUGCAAUAUUGAUUUGAAAAAUAAAUUAACAAAAAUAUAGAGAGUACAGGCUGCCCCAAAUAACCAUAGAGGCUAAAGAAAAAGGGGCAGAGCUCUGCACUCUUUGCUCCUAGUCAAAUGUAACGUUACUCAUUCAUAAGUGUGCAUUUGUCUCACAACUGGUCUUGAAAAUUAGAAAAAGAGCUAACCCUGAUAAAUUGGUGUGCAUGAGCAGUCUGUUAUGUGAAUGCAGUUGUCACUGUACACAAUACUAACUGUUAUGUGUAUCUUUCACUUUCAGUCUGUGGUUGGAUGGAGUGUUACCCCUAGUGAUGGACCGAGAGACUACUGCUCAAGAAAAAUGCUUUCAGAUUCUGGAAGACGUACUUAUCAGUAACGUUGUCCCUCAAUCAAAGUUAGUAAAGGGAAUGUUUUUUGGUGCGAGUUUCAGUGCAAUGUGCUAAACCACAGCCCAUUAGACCUAGCCUGCAGAACAGGCUCUAUUUUUUCACAUUUUUCAGGUGAGCAGUAGCGGGAUAUAGAGCAAUGGGGGAAGGUGCAUAAUUUUCUCCACUCCUUCCCCUGUUACACAUGUCUGGAGCUCCACAUCCACUUCUUGCUCACCAGAAAAAAAACACAAAAUUUUAUCGCCUUUUCUGGCAGAAAAGUGUACCAUUGUACAAUGUGAUCUAGAUGUAAUGUUUACUCUAAUAAUCCUUUGUUGUGACCAUUGUUUAGAUCAACUAAUCAGUGCCAUAUUCUUACAUGGAAUCUACUGGAUCAAAUUGCCAGCCCCGCAGGACAAGAAGUUAGGUAAGCAUUGAGUAGGGAAGCCUAAUUGAACAAGAAGUGGUGAAUUUCAAAAGGAGCUUUCACACAUUUGUUUAUUUUACCUGGGGUUAAUUGCUGUAAUGCACAGUAAAGAAAAGAACAAUAACACAUAACUUUGAAAUCAUAUUUACUAAGUGAUUGAAAAGUACUUAAUUUAAAUUUCGUAGACGCUAUCUUCACUUUGCAUUUCAACACUGGUCAAAACAGAACAGAUUAUCAAGCAAUUUGGUGAAGUCGCUGAUAUCUCACAUUGAUUCUGAGCACAACAAGGUACAAUUCUGUUGAUAUUUAAAUUAUUGUUCAGGUUUUUGUUUCAAAAGAUGUUGUAUUAAUUUUGUAAUGUCUUGAGUCUAAGACCCCCAAAACAUCUGAGCCUCCAAAAGGAGUAAAACCCAUGGCAUCUUAUAAUGUUAGGGGCUUAAUUUAACCAUUGACCUACUGUAUGGUGGAUGUAUACUCUCGUGGUGUUCAUACAUGUACGGUAUGUGAUAUGUGUUAUGCACAUGGUUAGGCAAGAAACAUUGGAUGCAUCAUCAGUGAUGAUAAACGAUGAAAGAUGGCAAAUUUUAGUCAUGAAGAAAAAAUGGGAAAGAUGUUAUUUUGCCUUUUUGUAAUACUGUGGAAGUAUACCAUGUGCUUCUUAGUGAAAUUUACUCUCCUUCUUGACUUGCAGUCAGCGUGGCUUUGUCUCGCAGAGAUUGGGUCAUCAUCAAAUAAACUGGAUCAUUCUUUUGUGGUCAAAAGUUGGAACGAAUACUCUCAAGGAUUGAAAGGUUUGUCUUUUAGGCCUUUAAUCUGCCGUUGGCACUGGAAAAAGACUUCUCAUUGUCAGGAUUGACAGUUGAUGUUAGAUCCUUACACUGUAAAGUUCUGUAAACAAUGACUUUUAAUGAACCGAGUGACGUUGGUUUGCUUCAAACAUUUCACAAGGUGGUGGGUCUUUAAUUUUUGUGAUUUUUUACAGCCUUGAAAAACGUGAAAUUUAAGACCCGGGAAAUUAAGUACCAAUAAGGUAUUUUUUUACUGACUGUUUUAUUUCUCAGACUAUGAUUGUGAGACGGUUUGCCGUAUUCUUGCUGUGUUGGGGAGUACUGCCCCUCUCCUUCCCUCUGAUGCUGUUAGUACACUUAUAGGUAGGUUUAUAAUUAGUUAGUUUGGCUCUUUGAAGUAAAAAUAUAUUUAAGCUUGGGAGUGUGAAAUUGUGGCUAGACCACCAGCACUGUAGAGGAGGGUUUGUACAGGUCACGGAAAACCUUGAAAAUCAUUAAAUUCAUUUUCCUGGUAGGAAAGUCAUGGGAAAUUAAAGUUAUGUUAGAUAGAUUAGAUAGACUGCAGAUGUCAAAACAAGGACAGUGUUAGAUAGAGAUGAAUAAUUAAAUGGCAUAAUUUUAGUGGACACCAAAGUUUGUGUCUGUUGAAUUGAGUUAGGUCAUAAAAUACACUGAAACAAGGAAAUUUUUAAAAAUAUUCAACAAGCCCUAAGGUCAUGGAAAAAGUCAUGAAAGGUCUUGGAAUAAAUUUACAGAGCUCAAAAGAGUAUGAACCCUGUAAAGAAGUGACGCCAUCACGCAAACUAAAUUAUAAUGUCGUAUGUAAAACAAAAUGUAAUGAGAAACAAAAAAAAUCAAUUUAUUAUCAUCAUUUUUAUUUUUCUGCCCAGGUGACCUUCAGCGUAAGCUUAUUAUGUUUGAUUGUUCACCUGACGUCAUUGCAGCUAUCAUUGCUACUCUCUGCAAGGUAUUUCCGUCAGUGAUGACUACUAUUCUAACUUAAAAUGUGUGUGAUGUUUUUCACCCUUUGAUUUUAAUUCUCAACAUUAUGAGAAGUGUGCACACAUGAACCCAUUUCACUGGGAAAAUGCGAUAGCCCUCAUCAUUCUACCACAGGUUUUAGUGAAAAUGUCGUAGUGACGGAAACAAAUUAUCAAAUGUUAAGAGUUUUAUCAUAUCUUGAUCGGGAGAGGGCUUCAUUUCCUGUAAUAAAAAUAACUGUGUUAAGUUUCCUUGUGAAUAAAAGGAAAAGAAGCUUUCCUGGGUUUCUAUUUUUUUUUUAGAAUACACAAAAAUAAUUUAAGUUAAAUCUCGUCCUCAUACUCCUGAAGAUCUCUAAUAAUAUUAUUCCUGGACUGGUUAAUGUGAUAAAUUAAGCAGUUAAUAACAUGCAAUUCACACUUCCUUUUUUGCAGCUGUGUAAAGUACAGCCAGAGGAAAGGGUAAAUGAAAAAAAUUUGUGUGAUUCUUUUGAAGAUUUCACUAGUGAAGGAUAGUGGAAUAUUACAAAUAACUGCUGUCUUAAAAGAAUGAAUUAUUAUUUCAACAGAUUUUAGUUUAAUUAUCAUCGUCAGACUUGACUUCUCUAACAACAAUAUUCAUUUUCAUUCCUUUGCAUAAAUACUAUCAACAAUAGCAAUUAACCUACAAAAUCAUAUAAUAGUAAAGUCAUUCAGAUUGGGUAGCUUAAUGGUUAAAAAUAUUUUUUUGUAAAUUGAUUACAAUAUUACCAAUUGUAUCUCGGUAUUAGAUACUAUGUACACUAAACAUAAGUUUUCUCGUAACUUUGUAAAUUAUCAUUGGCUUCAAAAUAAUUUUUAGCUUUUUGCUUUUAUUUUCAUAGGGAAGUACAGAUCAUUGGUGUUCUGAUCUUUUAAAGGCUUCAGAGGAAUUCCUCUCCAGUGUUGCCUUAAAACAGGGUGCGAUAACUGAUGAGGAACUACUCAUGCGACACUUGUUUACUGUGGGGGAGGUGGCACAGGUGCACGUCAACUGGUUGUUAUAAUCUUGUGCAAAUAUCUUAUGUGAUCUAUGAACUGGUGAAAAGGCUUAAGGGUUCUAUUAUCCCUUACAGAAAUCAUACUAACUAUGCAUAAAUCAAUCAUUCAUGAAAAAUAUGUAGUGUUUUCAAUUGUGUUGCAAACAAUUGCAAAUUCUGUCAUGUUCACCAAGAAGAGAAAUUGCAUUAUUCAGAUCACAAUAGAGUGCUUUUUUUAAAUUAGGUUUAUAUGACAGAAAUGUGAUGAAACAUGAUCAAAGCAUCCAUACUUGAUGCGUUUUAGCAUGUUAAGAGAGUUGACUCUUCAUUUAUGACUUUUCUGUCUGGGACAUCAGCUUGUUCAUGAGAGAGGUUACAAAUCCACAUUCUUUUCCAAGAAUUGCUGCAAAGAAGAUCCACAAUACAAUGUAAGAAGCAAAUACUAAACAAUUAUAGCAACAGCUGUGUCCAAAACGCCAUGGCAAAGAAUCAAAAUUUACCAGUAAGUAAGGUUAUUUUUUUAUUAUCCACUUACAGCUUGCACCAACCAAGACCACAGAACGUCUGUUCAUGUUUGUGGAAUCCAUGUUGAUAUCUCAUAGCAGCAACAAAGAAGGUAAAGUGGCCCAGCCCGGCUGUGUACUCUUUAAAGGAAGAUGACUCGUUUUCUCACAGAGUUAUAGAAUGAUGUCUAUUUGGCUUUGUCCUAAUCUGUUUUGAAAUGAUAAAUGUCACUUUUCCAGCUUGAAAUGGUAUUUGAAAUUUUUUCAGUUACAGGCUCAAAAAUAACUUAAAUUCCAGCUUAUUCUCUGGAAAAGCUGCUCUCAUAUUUUUCUUGCCCCUGGCCAUCGUGUGCUUGUCAUGUUGAUGACUUGCUUGGACCCUCGCCUAUGGGCUGCAGGAAACUUACAAAGUUACUUACCAAGAAAUCUACUUCUUGAGCCCAGAAUUUCUGGAUUGUCCUCAAGUAAAAAAAUGUCAAAUAUUUAUCUAAGUAAUUAUGCCCUUUAUUUCAGAUCCUCUUCAAAAAUUAAAUCUUUCGCCACCAGUUAAAGCUCAUGCAUUUGUCACUCUUGGUAAGUAGUCUCAGUGCGGCCCGCUCAAACUAUUUCUCUAUGCAAUGGUUGUUUAUAGAGUUACUCAAAGAUUUUAUAGCAAUCAAUAUAAAAUCGGGUAUAAUAUAUAGCAACUUGAAAGUUUGCGUGGUUACCUUAUCUUUCAAACCACUGUUUUAUAACUUUGAUUCAAAUAGCCAUGAACAUCUAGGAGGUAUUGUCCACGCAUUUAUAAUGCUGGCAGUAUGCAAGUAAGAACUGUGUUGAACAACAAGGAACUUACAGUCACUUAAGAAUAAAUAUAGAUACAAAUGACAGUUUUGCUUUAAGAAUUUUUCUCACUUACAGGAAAAUUGUGCCUUCAAAAUGAAGAUCUAGCAAAGCAGUGUAUCGCAGCACUUGCCAGGGAACUAGAAACUUCAAAUGAUCCAGCCAUCCGAAAUAACGUCACAGUAGUAAUGUGUGACUUGUGUGUCAGGUAAACAUUGAUUCUUUGCCAUAACUGCUUCUCCUUUUAAAAAUUGAAGAGAUAAUUCAGAAUAAAACCACAUAUUGCAACGCUAACUCUCCGUAGAAAAGCUGUGUUGUCAGAACUACAAGUCCUCUCACAUGCCUCUGUUUUUAAAAUCUACUCAUACGUUCAGGCCGUAUACAGCUUUUCAGUUAGAAGGGUUUGAGAAGGGUUACAAACGGAGCAUUUAUUUUAUUUAAUUAUUUGUUUACAAAAGACAUUAUGAUUGUCCAUUUCCUUGUUUGAAUUCAAACAACUCUUAGAGACAUCGCAAAUGAGUCAAUAACGUAUGUCAUUAUUAAAGCAACAGCGAUCAUGACUAUCCGAUAUCCAGAGAAAAAAUGGAAAAGAAGGGAUUCCAUCUGAUGAGUGGACAGGGGAGGGUUGUAAAUAAGUGGGUUCAUAAGUGGAAUAUUUUUUCGUUUUCAUGGGCCUGCGAGCAGGGAUUGCGUCGGCUUAUCACAAGACUACAAGUUGUGUGUUAUUUUCCAUAGAGAUAGAAAAGUGAACGAAGAACACAAGCGCGUGUGAAAAUCGCUACAAGCAAGGACGGUAACAAACUGAACAGGAAUUAUGUAAUAUGUGGCUUUUUUGUCCCGUAAUGAACAGUUCUGCGAGAAAUGACAGGAUGGCCAUCCUACGAAACAGUUUCAAUUCUGCAUCUCUUAGAGCCAAUGUAUUUUUUUGUCGCAUUCAAGAGAACUGAUGAUGUGUUAAAUGGUCGUCAGUUGUUACUUAUUAUCACUUUUUUUUUAUAGGUACACAAGUCUGGUUGAUCGCUAUGUUCCAAACAUUGCUGCUUGCCUUAAGGACGGUACAUCACUUGUGCGAAGACAAACACUUACCCUCCUCACCCAUCUACUGCAGGUAUCAAAGUCAACACAUGAACCAUUGGCGGUGUUCAUACUAGCGUCGGUUUAUCUGUAUCUUGUGUAAAAACGAUCAUACACCAUUCAUUGUUGUAAUCACGCUUGAUAAGUUCUUGAAUUUGCAAGGGUCUUUCAUCACAUGAAAGUGCCGAGUAGUGUCAGAUAUAUAUAUAAAAGAGGACCAUGACAUAUUUGAGUAUGACUUUAGAGUUGAAAAAAAAAACAUUCAUACAAAAUUAGCAAGUGUUAUGUGGUGUUGGAUGUAAAAUGUGGCUGGACCUUUCGCGAAAGGCUCUAAGUAAUUCGAAUUCGAUGCUACAAAUCUGUGCAGUGAUUACGGAUCAUUUUCAAGUUCUAAUAACAGGCAAUUAUGUCAUGUUAUGAAUAAGUAAGUGCAUGUGCUUAGUGUAUCAUCAUUAUUUUUAAUUUUUUAAUUAUUAUUAUUUUUAGGAAGACUUUGUUAAAUGGAAGGGUGCCCUGUUUUACCGCUUUGUUACAACACUGGUUGAUGAAGAUGUGGAGAUUCGCAAGUUUGGUUUGUAUCACUGAUGAUUUAAUAACAUUAUUCAUUGAUGUUAUGUGAUGACGUCUUAUUUUUGUUCUUGUUGUUGUUGUUUUAUGGCUAGAAAGUUUUAGCCUGCGUAGUCGGCGGGAUCAUGUUUUUAAUAUUCUGCCGUCGCAGUUUUCGUCCCUAGAACUGCCCUACUGUCUUUGACUCUGGGUAGAUUCACCAGCACUAUUUAACAAUUAUUCCUCUCGCCCUCAUGGCCUCUGAGCUAUUGACUCAGAGACCAUGAGUGUGAGAGGAAUAAUUGUUUUAGUAAAAUCUAACUAGUCAAAAAUAUCGAGACAAAACAACUUUAGCUAGCAAAACAGGAUUCAGCCGCCAUUGUUUUGGUUUUCAAAGCCGGUCCUUUACGCUACUAGUGGACUAUAACAUAUGUCCUAGUAGUAACUCAACCAAUCAGCACGCAGAAUUGGCUCUGACCACUCGCGGGAUUUGUUCUCGGUCGUCCCGAGUUCAAACCCGAGGCCACGCUUGUAAACUAACUGACGUGAACUGGUUGUCUCUUGCCAGUUUUAUUUGAAUUAUUUCUUGUGUAUUUGAGUGGAGCACCUGUAAACUCGCUGGAAUGAGCUAUAAACAAGCCUCUAAACCUUUUCAUUGCUUUGUCUUCUUGUAUUUCAGCUGAUUUUUGCCUGGUUCAUCUUCUGCUGUCUAGACACCCAGGAAUGCUCUAUCAGCACUUUGUUGAAUGUGUGUUCCACUUCAACUCCUUUGAAAAACACAAAGGUGAAGUAGCGACAUCCGUAAGACUUUCAAAAAUUACCAUAAAAUCCCAGUUCAAAGGUGGAGCUGUGUGAUUUAUUCUUCAGUCCGGAUAAGCUGGUUUAAUAGUCAGAAACUUUGUCAGUUAUUAGGUCAUUCAGCCGCCAUAGAUCUGUCCACUGACUCAGUCAGACAAAAUACUCUUCGCGUGGCUUUUUUUACUUACUUUUGCCUUUUUGUUUUAGUAUACAACAAGUUUGCACAGACAGAUAGAGAGAAGAAACUGUUUUCUCUCAAAGGAGACCAUAAUUCCAGGUAAAUUAUCCUUUCUUAUGGCUGAUACCAUCGUCAUUUUUUGCAAUAAUUAUAAGCAAUAAAGUAAUUUUAACAAAUUUCCCAUGUUUGCUGCGAAGACCCUUAAAGGCCUUUUUAAAUCAUUAGAUUUAUAAGAAAACGACUGCGAGUAAUUAUGUCUCUAACAUCCAGAUUUCUUUUUUCAGCAAACGAUUCAUCAUAUAUCAGUUCAUGCUAACUCACAUGAGUGAUGAAGACAGGUUUAAUCUCACAGGAAAGCUUUGUCAAGAGGUUUGUUCUGAAUGAUCUCUGCACAUAACAACUCUCAGUCAGAAUUUGACUUGUUUUCUGUAAUUAACCGCACACUAUUGAUGAUUUAAAAGUAUGUUUCAUUAAAUUCAGGUUUGAGCUAAAAGAAGUUUCAUACAGCUUUGAUAUAAGCAAAUGUUUGAGGAUUCUAUUGGUAUAAACUUGCAUAGAAUUUUAACUUGUUCUGACUUGAUUUGGGACCAAUCGCGUAUAAUGAUGACGAAAAAAAAAUUAAAGAUUCGGUAGUGGCUAGUGUUUGUUAAGAAUCUUGUGACAUACUGGUAGUAUUGAAACCUGCUCUGGCUCUUACACGUGUAUUCAACCAUCUCAGAAAAACAUUUAUUGAUCGUUUUUAAAUUCUUUCUUCCUGGAGGUUCUGGGUUGUUUUACCGAUGGUGUGAUUAGCUUGGAUCAAGAUUCAGCUGCUGUUCUUAAAGACGCACUGCUUAUCCUAAGUAGCAAGGUACAACUCUUCCUAGUUUGUGACAUGCAUAACAGUUGAAGUUACCUAUCCUGUAAGAUGGAAAUGAAGCAUCCAAAUGUUUUGAUACUCGCUUAGUAUCGGUUUGUUUGAAGCCGAGAGAACAAAUUUCAUAGUCGCGAUGAAAUGUUCAUCUGACAGAUCAGAGCAUUUUGUGGGUGGUAGGUAUAGAGAGAAUGUCCAGUAUUAACGACGUUAUUGCUCCAGACCAAACAAAACAAAUACAGUCUAACCUCUCCUUACGGACACCUCUCUAUUACGGACAGUUCGUUUGGUCCCAGGAAAGACAAAAAUCAUACAUUCUCUACCUCUAUAAUACGAACACCUCUGUAAAGCGGACACUUGGUUUUGUCCCUUUGGUGUCCUUAUUAAAGAGGUUUGACUGUACACACUUCAAAGCGAAACGGGGCAACUGCAAGCACAUCAAUCGUACGGCACGUAUAGAAUGUUGAUGCUACUGUCCAAAGCCUCACUGCACACACUAGUGAUAGUACAGGAUAAAGGGCGCUAAAACUCCAAGGGAAAUGUUAGUACGCUGGCAAUUGCAGAGAAGGCUAAUGUUACGCAUUCUUGCUCUUAGUUGUGAAAUAAGUUAAAUUAUAUGUAGCUUAGCGCAGUGCCGUUUUGAAAAAAAUGCAGCUUGAUAUAGUACCUUUCAUAUCGGAAUAUUUUAUUUUCCAGAACAUCAAACUGUCGUCCAUGAGAACAAAGGCAGCAGAAGACCUCGCAGAUGAGGGAGAUGCGGCAGGAGCUGCUAUUGUUCAAGCAAGAAACAAGUUUCUAACUCAGGUAAUUUAUCAUUUGAGCAAUGUCACGCAAAUGAUUUGGGAAAGAAAUGCUUUUUCGUCAGUUUCCUCUUUCCCUCUUUGGGCUAUUUUUUCCCACACAACACUGGUACAACAUUACGUGAUUUGUUGAAAACUAACGAGGACAUAGCUUCGAAAAGUGGCAAAAUUUUGCAGACGUUUGUCAGUAUUGUAGAGGGCCUGCCUCGUACCCAGACGUCUCUCUCUCUCUCUCGAUGAAAAUGUGCGCGCAAAGGAAGGCAGGAAGCCUGAGGAGGAGACUGGUAGUGGGCAAGUUCGUGCCCCCCAGCAUUCAACGUUUGUAAAAUUUCGCGUUUUUGUAGAGCUAUAUCCUUGCUUGCGUUUAACGCGAUAUCACCUGGAUUUAAACUCGGUAAGUUUCCUAAUUCUAAGCCGCUCUUUCCGGCAGUGUCAAUGAAAAUUUGCUACCUGGUCUUUAUCAAAACUUGAAAAAUACCGUGGAAGGGUCUGUUGGUAAUCAUUUUCUACGGCAUUUUCGGUAAUUCAAAAACUGGACAAAUUUUUUUACCAUUUAAACUUGUCUACAUCGUGGUCUCAUACAGAAACGUUCUUUUGGCUCGUUACGCAGUUCGCCACUUUAGAAACAAAAAGGGAACUGCGACCGAAACACGUACCGCAAUUGUUUCUUCGAUCGUCACCGGUGACGUGCCGGUCAGCUAUUGGCCAAUUUCUAACAGUCCCAGAAGUCUUUUCGAAAGUCAACUCGGCUCGGUGUCCUCGUUUCUAAAGUGCCGAAUAUCAAAAGAACGUCUGCAUAGCAGCAGUCUAGCGAUAUUUUGUGAAAACAUCGUAAAGAUAGAGAAUAAAGUUCAUACCCAGAAUUGGAAAGGUCUUGGGUUAAUCGUUUCUUAAAUUAUUGAUCAUUUUAACAGGUUUUAAAGAAGAACAUGAUUGAGAACAUCAUACCAAUAAUCAUUGAACUGAAACACAUGGUAAGGUCUUAAUAUUCUAGUCAAAGCCACUUUAAAAAGUAGUUAAUAACCGUUACAGUACUUACUUUUCAUGGACUCGUCUCAGUUCUUUGACUGUUAUUUUGAACUAUAUCCACAGUACAGGUAUUUACAAAGUUUUACUAUAAAUUGACAAACGAAUUAAAAUUUAUCCAAGAAAACACUAUAUUAGUCUCUCUGUUUAUUUGAGGCAGAUGGCUAAGCGAAACUCGUAAGUUCGCGAAAUCUCGCGUAACGCGAGGAGACGCGACGAGUGCCGGGAAAAGGGAAACAAAUUUGAACCAACGAUUUAACUAUUUUUUCUUCCCUCUUCACGUCGCAUCCCUCUGGGCGAUGUUCUGCAAGCUCGCAUAUUUUGGCCUUGCUCCAUAAUCUGACAAGAAUUAAAGAACCUGUUCUUACUCUGCUGGCUCCCUAAGCAUCAGCGCUAAUUAUGCUAUUGCAUUUCAGCUUGAGAAGCAGCAUUCUCCUUUGCUCAAAGAGCUGAUGUUUUGUUUGAAAGAAGUAAUGAAGGAUUACAGAUCUGAAGUUCAGGAUGUGCUGUCAGCGGACAGGCAGCUAGCAAAUGAAAUUGAGUUUGAUCUCAAGAGGUUUGAGGAACAGCAGAAAGAACUUGAAGAACAAAGAAGGAAACAAAACACUCCCAACAGCUCUCCACAGGUGUAACAGCGUUUAAUUUUAUCUUUUAUUUUCACUCACCUUUGUGCGAAAAGGAAUACACCAUGUCUUGUUCGCUCUUAGCCUCUAUUUCAGUACUUAACCUUGCACACCACCGCACACUUGAAUGAGUUACAUUUGCGCGUAAAUGAAGAAUUGUCACGCUAGGAAAGGAUGGCACAAGAUGCCAGUCGCACAAAGCUUUCUGCAGACGUAAAUUCUAGAGUUAAAAAAUUAUAGAGUUUGACUCGGCCUGACGUAAAGAGUUGUUCAGCUAGCCCAGGACAAGGUAAUUCAGAGCUGGCCUAGAUUUUGCUCUGUUGUUCUACUAAGAAAAAAGGAAUGCACACGUCCUUGCUUCAUUGCUUCUUUAACAGCAGAGACAACCGUGUUCGAGCAAGAAGUUAUUCCGCAUUAAGGAUUUUCAUCUAUCAGUAACAAAAAGAUUUUCCUACAAUGUAUUCAGAUGAUAUUACCAACAUAAACAAGCAAAAACUAUUUUUUCAUUGUUUUCUUAGGUUAUUGUCAACAGGCAAACCCCGUCAAUCGGGAGCACCCCUGUCCAGGUUGCAGAGUUUGUUACUCCACAGCUACGGAAUGCCACGCCCUCUCCCAGAAAUGGUAAAGUUAAAGAUUGUAAGGGCGCUUUUCAUUUGUCAGAACUGGCCGCCCGGACCAUUGCCCGACCAGUCAGUUUGAAAAUGAAAUAGGCUUUUUCCAAGAGUUUUUGCUGAAAAACCAUCUCCUUGGUGCUUACGUUUUGGAAUUUGACUGAUCUGGUUGGAGAGUUGAUUAAAAAGGAAAUUCUCAUUGCGACGGGAAUGGUCUGGCUGGUCAGUUCUGACAAAUGAAAAGCGCCUGAAGUUACCAUCGAUCGCUUGCCGCUGAUGCUGCUUGUUGCGCACGCAUACUUAAUCAUAGUGACAGAAAACUUUUCCUCUUUCCGUUCAUCAUCAUCAUCAUCAUCAUCAUUUAUUAGCCUUUCUGUUACAGCAAAUUUUACAGAAUACAGCAGGUUGUUAGGCGAGGAGACCUCAAGAAAUCACCAGGUUUAUAGGAAAGGCCACCUCGACAUCACAAUAUUGUAUCCCAUAAAGCCCUUAUUUAUCACCCUCAAACUUUACAUAAGCGUUGAUUGCAGUUCCUCUCGCCACAAUACAAAUUUUAAGAGAAACUGAAGCAAUGAUACGUGAUACGUUUAUUCUAUGAUGUCGCUUGUCCUAGUAAUAAAAAUUUUUUUCCCUUGUGGAAUUUUUCCUUUUUCAGCGACCUCCAACAUUUCUCCCCUUGCCAGUGCAAUAGGGCGAAUGCAAAUCAACAGACGUCACACCAUGGCGGCUGAGCCACAGAUGAAUUCUCCACGCACCAGAGCUCUGAAUUCCAAUCUUUCUGUGUUGAUUAGCCCUCUUCAAAACAAACGACGACACACUCUGACCACAGCAGCUCUUCUUAAUUCUGCUCGCAAGGCUGUCGAUCAAGCACAUAGGAUUGCUGAACAAAACAAGAAAAAGAGCAUCGGUCACAUUGAAGACCCAAAAGAAAGCGGUGCUGUGAGAGAGGGACCUGAAAAACGCACUCCUUUGAAACCUCUAAAUCCCAGGGCUCUAAGAAACAAUGAUGAAAGAGCGGCCAGCACCCCUGAAGGUAAUAUUUACUUGUAUAGGUUUUUAGAAUAUACAAUUUUAUGAGAGAAAUUUAGCACCAGGUCCCAGUUGUUAAAAGGUAAAUAACGCUAUCCACUGCGGGGAUAGCGCAAUUAGUUUACCUAUCUACUUAUCCACUACAUAGUGUUUUAUCCGGUGAAUAGCGCUAUCCAGCUUUUGAAUAACUGGAACAAGUAACAAAAUAUCGCAUCUUGACCUAUUUGCCCAUAACAUUGCGACAUUUAAGGUGACGGCGAUUUUCCGCGGCCGCCUAAAGAGAGCUACAAGGGCGGCUUUUACAAUUCAGUAGUUUUAGAUUUCAGUGUAUUUGCGGAAGUCAUCUUAUUUACAUAUUUGACAUUGUGUCUUGUAAGUAUUUAUAACAGUAAUCAUCUUUGGUUUUAAUCGCAGGGGAAACAACUCAUUUAUCAAGGAUUUCAUUUUGUGUGAACAACAGUGCUACAGCGCCACCAUCUCCUAUACCAACAUCCUUGCCAAUCAGGGUGUAUCCUGAGGAUAAAGGUAUGUCUUGUCUUGACAUCUGAAAGCUGUACAGGCUGCAUCCUCUUUAGGCGUUUCGUUUUCCCGUUUUUUGAACAGAAACGAGCGCGAAACGCGAGUGACUAGUGACGAAACGCAAGGUGCUAUGGGAAGGCAAAAAAAAGAGACUUCUGAGUACGAGGCAGUUGUGUAGGCCUCUCUCAUUACUCCUUUGAUGACUUCUUUUCCAUCCGACCAUCUCCAAAAAAAAAAGGAGAGAAUUCUUCCAGGGUAACAACUUAGACAUUCUCCUCCUUAGAGGCCUCUAUGUAUCGUAGGCAGGCUGGGGAGAGGGGAAAAUGAAAGCGCGCGGGGGUCGAUGGGAAGGGAAAAUCGAAGCCGCCGUUUCCCUCUUCCCAUCGUCCCCCGCGCGGUUUCUAUUUUUCGAUCAUUGCUUUUUUCAUUGGGAUACUCAGCGAGAGCCUCUGCGGAGGAAAGAGCAACUUAGAUACCCAUGGAUAGCCCUUACACGUGCUUACGUCAGACGUUACGUCAGUGAUUUCCCGAGGCAGUGAGUUAAAAAGAAUAUCCACGCACGAAGAAUGUAAAUACAAAGAAUUUUGCUUACAAACGAGGCGUGGUGAUGAAAUUUGCUCGUCGGACGUGAUCAUGCACAAGUGUCUUUCUGAUCAGCUUUGGUAAAACUGAAACGGGCAUUUUUUUAAGAAAACUGAUAACAACCCAACUAUGUUUCUUUCAGAGACUUCACCAAGCUGGGUAGAAGGCAAAGCUACUGAAGCAGAAGAGAUUGAAGAUGGAGAGGAAAACAAGGAACAACAAAUCAUCUGUUUAAUGUCACCUGAACAGAAGUAUGUAUAAGCUAUAAGGGACUGGUCAAAACGUACUGGCUGGUGGGCGGGCCGGAGCAUUUGGAAAUGUGGUGUAUAAAAAAACCCAUGGCCCACCCCCACCCCACUCUAUACUUUUUGACCAGUCCCUAAAGGACAAAAACACCAUCGAUGGGGUUCCGUUGAUAUGGACAUUUUAUACUAGUCCAGAAUCAAGUACGCAUAGUCAGAUUAAACUAUGUAGGCAUACAACUCAUUUUACUCACGCUUAGUGUUGCUGCUUUGAAUGAAAGAAUUAUUUUUGUUUUUGUAGGCCUCCAAAACCCAGGACUUGGAAUAUCAAAUCUCCAGUAAGUAAUCAAGAUUCAUAUUGAAAGUCAUUGAUUCCAUUUACAUUCAAAUCUCUCGUAAGAUCACCCAAAAUGUGGUCAUGUUGGUGUACCAAGACAAUCCUGUGGGAGUUGAACUCUUUUCUCAUGUCUAUGAUGUAAACGCUUUCUUCUGUUCCAUUGAGUAGAUACUGAUAACGUGAGUGAAAAUGCUGUAUAGCCGAUGAAAGAAGCGACAGCAUCCCAAAAACAUUCCCCCCAUACAGUAGAACCUUGAACCUCUAUAUAACGAAGUCCUCGGUAUAACGAAGGAGUUUGUUUAAAAAUAUACGGAAAAGUACCUUAAUAUAACGAAACCUCGUUAUAGCGAACAAGUUUUGCCAGUCCCUUGGCACUUCGCUAGGUGUAGUGCACUUGACACAGCAUCGACCCAAUUUUACACACUACGUAUCCUCAUUUUAGCUAUGGGUCGUUGCCACUUACAUGGGAAAACCGAAAAUUCCGGUUGGAAGAUCAAAUGGUUCGCGCCAUUCCGCUUGGGAAGUUUCAGGAAAUAUGGGCUGUGAUUUGAGGCAAUGCAAUUUUUCUACCCUUUUUAGUUUUUCAGCUGAUUUGGUUAUACUUUGUAGCGAAUUUUUCUCCCACCAUGUCAAAUUUUAUAAUUUUAUGUUUAUGCCCAAGAUUUCCACCCGCGCAGUUUGUGUAAUUGUUUAAGUCCCCACGUUUCCAGUCCCCUGGGCCUUUAUAUUGGGGUUCUACUGGGCAUAAAUUGCGAAAUCAGGGUUGAAUUACCCCGAAUGGCACAUACGCUAUAAAGUGAUUUCCACUUGUGAAUUGAGACUGCCUCAAUCAAAGUUUUAGAUUUUUUGUGAGUUGUGAUCAACUUUAAAUUUUCGUGGACAAACCCAAACUGUAAUGUAACUUACCCUUUGGUUUAUUGCGUUUUCUAGGAUCGCAAAAGGCAUUCUACCAGGAAGGCAAACAGCCAAUCACAGAAUGAUUCUGUUGCCGGAAGGACAAGGUCUCGGAAACGAAAGUGACCGUGAAACGCUAAUUUUACUGCAGUUUUUAAGUCAUUUUAUAUUUCUAAUCUCUGGCAACAUCAAAAUCACCAACAGAAGCUCAAAAUUGAAUUUUUUUAAUCGCCUUUUUUAAAAAUUAUAUUCCUGAUUUGUUAGCUCAUAAUCGUAGUGUUGAGCUGUGUUUUGGAAACAAUUUUGUAAGUGAAAAAAACAUCGGUUCGUAGUAUUUUCGUAGAGUUGAACUAUUGUGAACGUAAUCAUUAUCUUUUUAUAGCAUUUCUGCAGAAAUACAUUUUACGUCAUUAGUUAAGUAGUAUCGUAGUAUUGAAAGGGACAAUAAAAAGAGUAUGG